GCAGAUUUCAUUUUUUCGAAUCAAACUUCGAUCUUGGGCUUAUCAUAGAUAUUUAUUAUCAAAGAAGAUGUUCAUUCUAACAUUAGGUGUGGCUGUUUUGAUUAUCAUUGUCAUCAUUCAGUUCCUAAGAUUUAUCAGAUCAGAUUGUGAUUUGACUCUACAAUAUACACAAUAUAUGGGAAAAUCACCUGCUGCUGCACUUGGUAAUAAAGUUGUAUGGAUAACUGGAGCAUCAAGUGGUAUAGGAGAGUAUUUUGCUUAUGAAAUGGCUGCUGCUGGUUGUAAAAUAAUUUUAUCAGCUAGAAGAGAAGAAGAACUAAAUAGAGUCAAGAAGCAAUGUUUGUUGAGUGGACCAGUCAAAGAUGAAGAUGUUCUAGUUUUACCCUUGGAUAUUUUAAAAUUUGACAGUCAUAAACUAGCUGUAGAAAAGGCUCUACAACAUUUUAAAAAGAUUGAUGUAUUAGUAAAUAAUGCUGGUAGAAGCCAAAGAGCAUCAUGGUUUAAAACUGAAUUAGCAGUAGACAGAGAAUUGUUAGAAGUGAAUGUAUUGGGCACACUAUCAUUAACCAAGGCUGUUUUACCUUACAUGGUAGAACGUAAAGAAGGUCACAUAGUGGUUGUUAGUAGUACUGCAGGAAAAUUGGGGGCUCCACUAUCAGGAUCUUAUACUGGAACCAAACAUGCUUUACAGGGUUGGUUUGAAAGUUUAAGAAUAGAAGCUGUAGAAUAUAAUAUAGAUAUAACAAUGGUUUGUCCUGGACCAGUUUUCUCUAAUAUUCUCUCUACAGCUUUUACUGAAGAAAAGGACAAGGAAUUUGGCGGAACAAUGUCUCCCACAGAUAAACGUGUGACUACAGAUAGAUGUGCAUCGUUAAUGGCUGUAGCAGUGGCUAAUAAAUUAGAUGAAGUUUGGAUUGCUCUACAACCAAUAUUAUUUUUUAUGUAUCUCUUUCAAUAUUGUCCAUCUAUAGCAAGAAAGUAA